UCUAAAAGAACGCGACCGUGCGAUGCUUGUCGCAAGCGAAAGACCAGGUGUCACACUGAGGCAUCAGCGACAUCAUGUGUACUUUGCCAAUUUCAUGAACAGCCCUGCACGUACGAGCAGACUCCGCGACCCAGGAAGCGUACUAUAUCCUCUACUGAAGGCAGUCAGCACAUUGAACGGUCGAACUUUCGUACAAACAGAACAAUACCGGGUACUGGUGUUGAGGAAUACGAUGCUUUACCCGAUGGGACUACACUUUUGAAACGCACUUUGGGACUUCAGAAUCUCCAUCAUAGCCGGUAUCUUGGCAUCAAUAACUCCUUGAAUGUAUGCGGUCUGGACUUAGGAGUCUCAUCUCUUUCUCAGCGACCAUCAGAGAUGAAUAUCAAGGUUCGAUAUGUUCAUCCCCAACACGCUUUCGAGAUUGUCCCAGAUGCUAGUGUACCAGACUCUUCCAACGAGAAUUCGGUCUUGGAGGCGAUUGAGGCUGCAGUUCAAGGCCAUGGAGCCGAUCUAGUAAAGCUUUACUUUCGAAUCAUUCACCCUGCUUUUCCGAUUCUCCACAAGGAGGUCUUCCUCGAGAAGUACUCACGAUCUUUUCGAGAAUUCUCUCCACCUCUUUUGGCAGCUGUAUAUCUUCUAGCAUUGGGUUACUGGAGUUACAGCGACUCACUGAGCGCGAAACAAAAGCCGCCAAUACAGCCUCUGAAACAGCUUGCCAUGGAAUCACUACACGUGGCCAUGCAACGGGCAAAACUCUCGACUAUUCAAGCAUGUUUGUUGAUAUCUCAGGAACAGACGAACGAGCUCAGUUUCAUCACGGGAGAGUCUCAUUCAAACAUGACAGCUCAGCUUGUCCAGCUUGCACAUCGCCUUGGCCUGCAUUUAGAUGCUGGAGAAUGGGAUCUUCCGGAUUGGGAAAAAAGCCUUCGUCGACGCUUGAGUUGGGCUGUUUCCAUGCAAGAUAAAUGGCUUGCACUGGUGUAUGGGCGUCCGUCUCUGAUAUCAUCUACGACUUGGGAUGUAGAUCGUCUGAAUGAGGAGGAUUUUCCUGACAUCGACGAGGACGACACUGCUGGAAGUUCGGAAGUGGAGAAGGGCAGGCUUGUGUUCAUGCACAUGGCUGACUUGGCAGAAAUACUAUCGGAUGUCCUGGAUGAUCUAUUCUCGCCACGUGCGCAGCGCUCUAUCCGUAUUGAAGAUCAUGGCCUGGUCGGCCUUCUGGUUCGCAUCAAACCUCUGCAGAUAAGACUCAAAGACUGGUUCUUUGUGUUACCAGAGAGACUCAAACAUGACACCGUAGCGUCAAUGAAGCUUUCCUCGGUCGGCUACCUGCGCCUUGCAUAUCUGGCGAUCGAGGCAAGCAUACAUCGCUAUAUUACCACGAUGCUAGUAAAAUAUCCAAGACAGGAUCCCACACUGGUUACUGUAUGUCGCAAUGCUGCAAAAGAAAGAUUUACCACUGCCUUCGAUUUUUUGAACAGGUUACAAGCAUCUCACCUGGCAUCAUUCUGGUACUUGACCAGUCCUGAGUGUGCGGCAUUGAUAUACCACUUGGGUAGCCUCCUCGAAGCCACAACAGGGGAUGCGGACGAGAAGGCGAAUCUCGGACAGAUGCUGAAAGCCUGUCGAUGGAUUUUGAAAGUGAACGGGGAGGCAGGCGCGAACUUCAUGAGGCACGCAAGAUCUCUAGUA